CCAGCUAGCUUGACGAGAACGACGGUUGACGUUAGCUUACAUUUAGUUGUGUUUAUUAUCUAACCUCACAGACGAAUAAAGACGUGCCCUUGGGGUUAACGGUAUUAAUGCGUUUCUACCGAACAGAAGGGUGAACUAACAUAAGCUACUCCAUUCACCGCAGCGGGUUUAACGCGGUGUCGUCCUCGACCGGGCUCAACUAAAACCUGUCAAAGUAACCUCAACGUUCUAAAUGUCAUACAUUUUAAAGAGCCAAACGCAAACAUCUUCAAGAUUUAACAGUGCAAUAGGUUUCUCCAGCACAUUCGGCAUGUGUGUGAUCCACUGACAAUCAAUUAUUUUGUUGAUAAACGUCAACAUUGACCACUGACGUGCCGGGUUUUGUCGUUGUUAGCUAACGUCAUGCUACCUGUUACUUAACACAUAUUUAGAUUAAACUGACAUUAAUAGUAAGCGUUACUUGGUGCCGAAUCAGUUUGGGUAAAAAGUAGAAUUAGGAGAUGACGUGGCGUAACGUGGAGGGAGACCGUUCUCUUUACACGUUGUCGCGCACUCUUGACGUUGUUAGAUGUCUAAAGUAGUUUGGCGUGUGGCGUUAAUCUGGAUCGGAGCGUGUGCACUCCUAAUCCUGGAUUACCUAGCGUUAGCUCGUAAACCGCACCGCAGUCGUCUGCCGGGCAUCAACCAGUAACUCUACGACUGUAAACAAUGGAAAAGGGUAUCUUCAGACCGGUAGUCGUACUGCAGUUAGAAAUGAUUUCAAUGCUAAUCAUCAGCCUUCAGCUUGUCUCUUCCUGCGGUAGCUUCACUUUUCGGAGGUUAUUGCGCCAACCUACUCUGGAGUGUUAGUCCCUGUAGUGUGUGCGAGAAUGGGGAACUUCACAUCCUCCCCGCCUCUAUCCGGCACAUCCUGUGUACAGUAUGUUAAGGAGAUGGUGUCACAAAACUGUAUUGUAAUAUUUUCCAAGACCACCUGUCCUUAUUGCAAAAUGGCCAAGAAUGUGUUUGAGGAAAUUGGUGCCUCGUACAAAGUGAUAGAACUGGAUGAGCACAAUGACGGGAGGAGAGUUCAAGAGGCCUUAGCUCAGAUGACCGGAGCCAGAACGGUGCCGAGAGUUUUCAUUAAUGGAAACUGCAUUGGCGGGGGCUCUGAUACCAAACAACUGCAUCAGCUGGGAAAGUUGGUGCCACUGAUUAAACAGUGUGCUCCAUGCUGUCCUUCCUCCAGCUCUGACGGCUCGGGCGGCGGACGGUUCGAGUCGGCUAAAUGACUAACCGUUCUAGUAGCUUUUUCCAAUCCUGUAUUUAUUAAAUGUUUGCUUGAUCUCGUGCUACAAGUGGAACAUUGCUUGAGCAUGUUGUUUGUAUAUCAAAGUGCAUUUGAUACUUGAUGCUACAUACGUAUUCAUGCAGGGAUGUACAGUAUUCUUAUUAAAGAUGCCGUCUUUUAAACAAAACCUGUGGAAACUACUUCUCAUCUCCAUGGUUAUUAUAAUAUUAUAUAUGUAUAAUAUGACAUUAAAAAAAAACAUGAUCUCUCUUGGCAUCAGUUUUCCUCAAACUGUGAACAUUGUUGGGUUGUGAAGUAUUGCCAGUGUGAUUCAAAACUUUUUAUUUCAGUGUAUUUGAGUUGUAAGAUUACUUUUUUGUAUGAUUAGCACAUUUUGUGUUCAGAAAUGUUCAUGAUAUGCAUACAAUGAAUCUUUUUUUAAUCUAGUUGAAGCUAUUUAAAUGUCUUUUUGUGUAAUUUUUAAAUGGUUUAUUGGAGUGUAUGAAUAAUCUAAUAGGGCUGUCAACAAUAAAACCAAUGAAAGUCCGCCGUCA